AUGAGCUCCAAGUCGAGAGUCGUGAAUAGCCCUGUCACGUCAAAACUCAUCCCCGCUUCGCAGCUCGCUGUGUUAUUGCUGCAAUGGGGCACCGGCUGGUGCAAAGGGCAGUGGCCGGAGGUUGUUCCUGAACCAACGCACAGUAUCCAGAAGGUACUGGGCCAUGCAGGCACCUACUACAAUGCCCAAAGUUGGAGCCCAAAGGCACGCAUACAAAACUUUUGCGUCUCUGUUGGUGUUCGACAAAAGAAAUCGUCCGGGCCUUGA